GACGGCAAACGACGACACCUGCCUUGAAGGCUUGAACCGAUAAAGAAAGGUCACUGUUACUCCCAGGUCAAGCGUCACGCUGAUCUGUCCUCCUCCAUCUCCAUGAAGAUUGAAGAAGACCCUGUCGUUUCUCUUCAUUUCUCUUCUCCCACCUAAAUUUAGGUUCUAAAAACUAAUCUUUCAUUCUAAGACUAAUCUUUAUAUUCUGUUUUCUCUUCAGUACUCACAGUCCCUACAUUUUCAACUCCUCUUUUUGUUUUUAACCCUCCUCUCCUGCACAAACCCUACUCAAUGGCCAAAACUAGACCUGGCAAAAGGGACAUAGAUUCCUACACCAUUAGAGGCACCAACAAGGUUGUCAGAGCUGGGGACUGCGUGCUGAUGCGACCAUCGGACACGGGUAAGCCCCCAUAUGUGGCGCGCAUAGAGAAGAUCGAGAUGGAUGGUCGGAACAACGUGAAGGUGAGGGUGAGGUGGUACUAUCGGCCCGAGGAGUCAAUCGGAGGGCGGAGACAGUUCCACGGAGCCAAGGAACUCUUCUUGUCCGACCACUAUGACGUGCAGAGCGCCCACACUAUCGAAGGGAAGUGCACCGUUCACUCGUUCAAGAACUACACCAAGCUUGAGAAUGUUGGGGCUGAGGAUUACUAUUGCCGAUUUGAGUACAAGGCUGCUACUGGAGGGUUCACUCCCGACCGAGUGGCCGUGUACUGCAAAUGUGAGAUGCCUUACAACCCGGAUGACCUCAUGGUGCAAUGUGAGGGGUGCAAGGAUUGGUAUCAUCCUGCUUGUGUGGGCAUGACCAUUGAAGAAGCUAAAAAAUUGGAUCGCUUUGUGUGUUCUGAAUGUUCAUCUGAUGAGGAUGUUAAAAAACCCCAGAUUACAUUUUCAGCAUCACCAGCUGCUGAUGCCAAGAAGGUGCAUAUUGUCUGAAACUCAAACCGUGGUGGACGUCUCUUGUUCGGUGUAGUUGGUCUGGAGGUGGAGCCCAAGCGUCGCAGGAGAUGACCAAAAUUGAGGGAUUGCACGAGGAGACAACUAUUUGCGUGAGGAAGCGGCUCUUUGAGUGUUGUUUUGUGGAAUGUACAGCGUAGACUGGCGCCUGUUAGUAACUUAUAAUGUAUUUGACAGAGAUAUAUGUAUCUCUGCUAGGUUAAUUAAAAUACUGGACUUCUUUCAUUCUGCCCAAAAAGAGAUUUCAGUUCAACUGUGGAUUUAGAAGAACGCAUUGAACUGAAGGCAUUGAAGUGAAAAAGAAACCAGAUUCUGAACUUCUAGUAAUGGUUUGUGGCUUGCAUCAUAGCAGCUUUCUCAUUGUCUAUUUAGUUGGAUAACUUUUCCGA